UGUUCCUUUGUAGGACAUUAUGUCUGGACGUGGUAAAGGUGGGAAGGGUCUGGGUAAAGGCGGCGCUAAGCGCCACCGCAAAGUCCUGCGCGACAACAUCCAGGGCAUCACUAAGCCCGCUAUCCGCCGCCUGGCCCGGCGCGGAGGAGUGAAGCGCAUCUCCGGCCUCAUCUACGAAGAGACCCGCGGUGUGCUGAAGGUGUUCCUGGAGAACGUGAUCCGCGACGCGGUCACCUACACGGAGCACGCCAAGCGCAAGACCGUCACCGCCAUGGAUGUGGUCUACGCACUGAAACGCCAGGGCCGCACCCUCUACGGCUUCGGCGGCUAAGCUGCUCAAUUACACAAACAUCCCGAUCAUCCUUAAAGGUCCUUUUCAGGGCCACUA